CAAUGCCGGGCCCCGCGGGGCAGCACCCCUGGGCGCGGGGGGGCGGCGGGGCCCCGGGCGGGCGCUGAGCGGUGCCUGGAUGCUGCCGUGUGCCCGCUCCCGGCCCCGGCCCCGGCCCCACCGAACCCCGAGGCCGCGGGGACGGGCUGCUGGUCCCAUAGAGCCGGGGGGGGCUGCGGCUCCGUCCCGCGGAAAGCGAAGAUUUAGGUGGGAAACUUUGGGAUUUCGGCAAAGCUCCGAAGAUGCCUUUCCACCCGGUGACCGCCGCGUUGAUGUACCGGGGCAUCUACAGCGUGCCCCCGCUGCUGGCCGAGCAGCACCCGGUGGACAUCCCCGAGGACGAACUGGAGGAGAUCCGCGAGGCCUUCAAGGUGUUCGACAGGGACGGCAACGGCUUCAUCUCCAAGCAGGAGCUGGGCACGGCCAUGCGCUCACUGGGCUACAUGCCCAACGAGGUGGAGCUCGAGGUCAUCAUCCAGCGCCUCGACAUGGACGGUGACGGACAGGUAGACUUUGAGGAGUUUGUGACGCUGCUGGGGCCCAAGCUGUCCACCUCGGGCAUCCCAGAGAAGUUCCACGGCACCGACUUUGACACCGUCUUCUGGAAGUGCGACAUGCAGAAGCUGACGGUGGACGAGCUGAAGCGCCUGCUGUACGACACCUUCUGCGAGCACCUCUCCAUGAAGGACAUCGAGAACAUCAUCAUGACGGAGGAGGAGAGCCACAUGGGCACGGCCGAGGAGUGUCCUGUGGAGGUGGAGACCUGCUCCAACCAGCAGAUCAGGCAGACGUGCGUGCGGAAAAGCCUCAUCUGCGCCUUCGCCAUCGCCUUCAUCAUCAGCGUGAUGCUCAUCGCCGCCAACCAGGUGCUGCGCAGCGGCAUGAAGUAGCGCGGAUACGGGGCGUCCGUGCGGCUCCUGACGGGGCGCCCAACUGCCGCGAGCAGAGCCGCCACCAAACACCCCGGGGAUGGAGAGAGAAACCCGGCGCGGGGUGAGCGUGGAGCUCGGGUGGCUGCUGCAGGACGCACGGACUCUGAGAGACACGCGCACCAAACCGAACCCUCGCCAGCAAAUCCUCAGUGCAUGCAACGCGCAUGGAGCCCGACUGCUGCCCCAUCCCGCCCAGCCGGGGCGACCCGGUGCCGGUUGCACCACUAUAGCCUCUAUAGCUCGAUAUUUAUGAUAAAAACAAAACGAAACACACACACACACAAAAACCAAACCCAACCAAACCAUCUCGUAAGCAAUACACCCCUACACCCCCGCCUGAGAUGUUUUUCUCUUUGGAGAUC